AUGGCGCCAGCUGCGCCCAUGCGCCCAGCGCCCCCCAGCGCCGCGCCCCCACGCGCAGCGCCCGUAUAUCGUGCGCCCCCGGACAACAUCGCGCCGGGGCGCUUCCCUUCGCCGCCGAAGAUGCCAGCGGACAAGAGGAAGGCGGUUUUUAUCACGCCGCCCUUCCGCCCACCACCCGUCCUGCCGCCCUUCGCUCCACCGCUGCACGGCGCUGCGCCCGUACCCACGUACGCAGCCGCCGCCGCCGCUACCACCACCGGAACGCCCGCCCCAGCCGCGCCCCCGACACCGAAGCCGCGCUCGCCCACGACACCGUGCGCCCCCCCGCCCAAGAAGACGCGUUACCCGCCGCUCAUCGUGGAGAAGCUCCCCAACUGGGUCGAGCACUUCACGGCCCUGAAGCGGCGGCUCGGACACGCGCCCAACGCGCGCCCCUUUGGGAAGGGGUGCGCUUCACGCCCCGCUCCGACGAGGAGUACCGGGCGAUCCAGGCCUACCUGGCUGAACUGGAGAAACACCAGGGAGUCGCCUGGUUCUCGUACUCCCUCCCCGCGGAGCGAAGCGUCAAGGUGGCCAUACGUGGGUUACCUGUGGACACCCCGCCGGAGGCGAUUAUGGAGGCGCUGCAGGACGCCGGCUACGGCGCGGAGUACGUCCGCCCCAUCCGCGCGCGCCAGGGACGACCUGGGUGUUUAUACUACGCCCAGGUAG